UAUAGCUUUACUGUAAAGUUUCUCUGUAACGACAACGCAAAGAUUCUAGAGCGGAGCGCUCUAUGAUCUUUGCUACAAAGUUUCCAAAUGUUCUCUCAAUCUAUUUUAUUUUGCGCUGUUUAGGCUACAGUGAAAAGAUGGAUGCUGAGUUCACGAAAGACCUGUGCACUCCAGUUUUCAUAGUUGACCUGGACACGGUAAAGAGGAACGCCAGUGUGAUGCUGGGACGAUUUGAGAAGCUCGGAGUGCAGCUGCGCCCUCACAUGAAAACGCAUAAAACAGCAGAAUGUGCAGACAUCAUGACAGGCGGAGCGCGACGCUGCAUCGUGGUGUCCACUCUGGCCGAGGCGUCUUUUUACGCCGACCACGGCUACGACGACAUCCUGUACGCCUACCCCCUACCUUUCGACAAGGUGGAACGCUGCGCUCAGCUGGCCGAGCGGCUGUCCCUCUUCCACGUCCUGGUGGACAACAGCGCCGCCCUGGAGGAGCUUAAGAAACGGCCACUGCGAAAGGGCAAAGCAUGGCAUGUGUGGAUGAAGCUGGACUGUGACAAUGGCCGAGCUGGCAUCCCGUACUCCGAGCCUAAAGCUUUACAGCUGGCUAAGGACAUCGCCGAGACAACGGGAGUGGAGCUGACUGGGGUCUAUGCCCACUGUGGGAACACCUACGGUUGCCAAGGGGAGGAGCCGAUUAAGGCGGUCGCUCAGGAAACCACCACAAUCACGCUGCAGUUCAUGGAUAAGCUUAAGGCAGCCGGGAUCCAUGGGGUAAAGUCCAGCAUUGGCUCCACCCCCUCCUGCAGCUGCCCCGUCCCGGACAUGGCAAUGCUGAGUGAGGUGCAUCCUGGGAAUUAUGUCUUUUACGACGUACAGCAGUCUCUGAUUGGCUCUUGCAGCCUGAAGGAUGUGGCGGUGCGAGUGCUGACCAGGGUCAUAGGUCACUACCCUCACAGGAACCAGCUCCUGGUCGACUGCGGCUGGACAGCCCUUAGCCACGACGGAGGUGGCAAACUCUCCACAGGUUAUGCGGUCAUCGAGGGCCAUCCAGAGCUGAAACUGCUGUCUAUGACUCAGGAGCAUGGGCGAAUAGAAGCCAUAUCUGGGAAGUUAGAUUUCACUAAAUAUCCCAUCGGCUCUAUGCUUUCUCUGAUGCCUUACCAUGCCUGUGCCACUGCUAUGAUGCAUCCCAAGUAUUACGUUCAUUCCAACGGAAAGAUAGUGGGGACAUGGACUCCUACACGAGGGUGGUGAUGUUGAUGCUGUCACAUGAAAGACUCUGGGAUUAUCAUAGUAAAAAUUAUUUCUGUGAAGCAGCCAGCUAGGGAUUAUGUCUUCACAAAUGAACUGGUAUUAUGACUUGAAAGCGCCGAUCGUGGUUUUGGCUUGGCCUUUCUGAAAUGUGCCAUGAGAACACAUAUUAAGACAUAAAAGUCUUAUAAACAUAUACUACACAAUCACUACACUAUAUUAACACUACGCACAAAAACAUGAUCACAAAUUUUCAAAAUGUGUUAUGAUUUAAUGUUGAUUUUGUAGAAAUGUUAUGGGCCACCCAUUUCUGCCAACUGCAGAAAUUGUCACCAGAUGGCAGCAUAAGCCCUGUUGGUAAACUGGUGCUAAGAGAUGCUUGGAUGAGAACAGACACUAUGAAGUAUAAAUGUAGCCUACUAUUUGGUGAAUUCACCUCGGUUAUCAGAUAUAAGAAGAAAUAAGCAACAGUCAUGUAAGCAAAUUAAGUGAAAAAAGUGUUGUUGAUUUUGUUUAUCAUUGCAUUAAAGGGAAUAUUCAUAACACUGAAAACAUAUUU